CAGAAUUUGGGAGCAAGAGACAAUGACUAGCGCCGGGAAAACAUCGAGAGCGACAUCAAUGGCGCCUUCUUCGUCCAGCGGGCUCACGUUCAAGCUACAUCCUCUGGUGAUGCUUAACAUAUCGGAUCACUUCACUAGGGUUAAGACUCAGCUCAACCCUCCCGCCGCUUCUUGCGCCACCGGGAAUGGCUCCAGCAACGCCGACGCGAUGUUACUGCAAAAUCCUAGGGUUUAUGGAUGCGUGAUCGGUCUCCAGAGUGGCCGUACGGUUGAGAUUUUCAACAGUUUCGAGCUGUUAUUUGAUCCUACUACCGAUACUCUCGAUAGAUCCUUCCUUGAGAAGAAGCAAGAACUCUAUAAGAAGGUGUUCCCUAACUUCUACAUAUUGGGAUGGUAUUCUACGGGAAGCGAGGCUACAGAAUCUGAUAUGCAUAUCCACAAAGCUCUGAUGGACAUUAAUGAAUCGCCUAUUUAUGUUCUUCUAAAUCCGGCUAUGAACCACGCACAGAAGGAUCUUCCAGUGACUAUUUACGAAAGCGAAUUCCAUGUCAUUGAUGGAAUUCCUCAGUCGAUUUUCGUGCAUACAAGCUAUACAAUUGAGACAGUUGAAGCUGAAAGAAUAUCGGUUGAUCAUGUUGCACAUCUUAAGCCAUCUGAUGGAGGCUCAGCAGCAACACAAUUGGCUGCUCAUCUUACUGGAAUACACAGUGCCAUCAAGAUGCUACAUAGCAGAAUCAAAGUGCUCUACCAAUAUCUUGUCUCUAUGCAGAAAGGUGAUAUUCCUUGCGAGAACUCCCUUCUGAGACAAGUAUCUAGUUUACUCAGAAGUUUGCCAGCCGCAGAAUCAGAACAGUUUCAUGAAAAUUUCUUGAUGGAGUACAACGACAAAUUGCUGAUGUCUUACCUAGCAAUGAUCACAAAUUGUGCCAGCAACAUGAACGAGGUGGUUGACAAAUUCAACAUUGCAUACGACCGAAACAGUCGAAGAGGCGGUAGGACUGCGUUCAUGUAAAGAUUAGUUUCAGUGUAAAACCUCUUUUUCGGUGGGCUGGUCCCUAAAUGAAAAUUAGAACUCUUUUAAAGCAUUUCACCUUUUGGAACCAAACAGCUAAGGAAGUUUUCCUCUGCUUAAGCUUUGUUUAGA